UUCUUAGGACCCAGUCUCUGGAAUGGUUCUACAAUAAUGUGAAGAGCCGCUUCAAGCGCUUUGGCAGUGCCAAGGUCCUGAAAAACUUGUACAGAAAACACCGACUGGAGAGUGGAGCAUGCUUUGACAUUCUAGGAGGAAGCUUUUUUGAUUCAAACCUGGAGAAUGAAGGAAGCAUUUCUGGAAGUGAUUCAACAUUUUAUAAGCAGUCAGAAGGACAUAGUAUGAUGGACACCUUGGCUGUGGCCCUACGGGUGGCUGAAGAGGCCAUCGAGGAAGCGAUUUCCAAAGCAGAAGCAUAUGGGGACAGCCUGGACAAACAGAAUGAGGCCAGUUACCUGCGGGAUCACAAGGAGGAGCUAACUGAGGAACUGGCCACAACAAUCCUGCAAAAGAUCAUAAGAAAACAGAAGAGCAAAACCGAGCAGCAAACAGAAGAGCCAGAGUGGCCACAGCCCCAGAGCUGCAGUGCCAAGGCAGCAGAUGAGGGGACCUCAGUGCCCCCAGGGGCCCACCGAGCUCCUGCCACCCUCUGGCGGUCCCAGUCUGCAUUCUCCAUCACUGGAGAAGAUGCCCUGAAGACCUCUUCACUGGAGACUGCAUCCAGGCAGCCGAGGGAGCGAGACCAGCACUCCAGGGAGGAGACGGAUCUGCCCAGCUGGAAGAGCGUGGAUAGGCUGGAUGAAACAAACCCAGCCCCAGUUUUGCAGAGCCCAGAUGGGAACUGGGUGGCCCUGAAGGAUGGCGCUCUGCCCCCAACCCGCCUGCUGGCCAAACCUAAGAGUGGGACAUUUCAGGCCCUGGAAGUAGCCUCCAGUGUGGCAUCUGCCUAUGAUGAGAUGGGCUCCGACAGUGAAGAGGACUUUGACUGGAGUGAGGCCUUGAGCAAGCUGUGCCCACGGUCCCAGGGUCUGCCCAGGAAGCCCCAGCCUCUGCCCACACAGGCACAGGGCUCUGGCCAAGGCCCCUUAGCCGCCUUCCCCUCCUCCGGCCUCUCCUCCAACCUAGAAGCCAUGUGCUCUGACUCGGAGACUUCCUCGGCCAGCUCUUCUCGGGAAGCUGGGCGCCGGGCCAGGCUGUCCUGGUUGCAGAGGAAGGCCCCCAGGAACCCUGCAACUGAAAAGAUGCGCCUGCAGGGAGAACUGGAUGUGAACUUUAACCCCCAGGCAGCCAGCGGGGAGACCUCAGACAGCAGCGAGACUGAGGAGGCACCCCAUGCCGCAGACCGGCGGACAAGGAGAUGGAGGAAGGCCCGAAUGGGCUCAGAGGAGCCAAGCAAGGAACCAUCUUCCCCCAGCACCCAUCCUCAGGAUCUGGACACACAUCAGGUGUCAGGAGACUUAUCAGAGACAGACAUCAGCAAUGAGACUCAGCACCCCCAGACCCCCACAGAUACCACGGAGGAGAAACUGAGAAACAGACUGUAUGAAUUGGCAAUGAAAAUGAGUGAAAAGGAGACUUCUUCGGGGGAGGAUCAGGAGUCUGAGCCCAAGACAGAAUCUGAGAACCAGAAGGAAAGCCUGUCCUCUGAAGACAACAGCCAGAGCGUCCAGGAAGAGCUGAAGAAGAAGUAUUCUGCUGUUUCUCUCUGCAACAUCUCCACAGAAGUCCUGAAAGUCAUCAAUGCCACGGAGGAAUUGAUAGCAGAGUCUUCAGGGCCCUGGGAGUUCCAACCAGUUCCUCCUGACAGAGAGAAGGGGACGUUUCCUCAUGGGACAGACCAAGUGAGACUGGAUGAGCAGCUGACUUCCCUGGAAGAAAAC